CAAAGAGAAUGGGUGGAUCUACGCGUGGUAGGCCGCUGGAAGCUAACUUCUCUAACUUUUAAUAAGCGAUCAGGAUAGUGAUUAUUUAUUCACUAGACGAGCUGAGUGCUAUAUAUGCUCAAAGGCUGCCAAUAAAAUCGCUAAGCCCGGAAUCGGUAUUACCCUUCCGCAGUUGGUGCGGUCAGGGGACAGAAUGGCGGUGCUGGGGUCCUGGACUGCCCAGCGGUGUCUUUGGGAGAAUGGUGGUCGGUCGUUACUCCGAGCUGUGGCCCAGUCGGGUCCGUGCUGCAGCCACCAAGCUAAGCGUUACCUGUUAACUGACGAUAUCUUGAAACUUCAUGAAUUUCAAAAGAAGAAACUGGCUACUUUAUAUCAGAUUUAUGGGAAAAAAGAUCUGUAUUUUCAAAUGAUAGAAGAAAAGCUACAGCGAAAUGGAAUCAUCCUACGAGAUGAGCUAAAAACACUACUUCACCUAUGUAGCACUCAGCCUGAUGUGGAAUUUGCAAAGAGGGUUAUAUAUAGGUACCAUGCAGAAAAUAAAAAUGUAAUGUUUGGCGAAUUCCGAUUUGGACCUGUUUUUCUUCGACUGUGUUAUGAACUUGAUCUUGAAGAUAUUGCCCUUGACCUUUUAAAAGACCAGACUCUACGUGGUUUCUUUUCUGACUGCACCUCCUUUAAUAUAUUGAUGGACAUGCUCUUCACUAAAGGCCAGUAUGAAAGAGCGGUGGAAGUGUUAGUGGAAAUGCGAAAUCAGAGGGUGAGGUUUAGCAAAGAUACCUACAUUUUGGCAUUUGCUGUAUGUUACAAGCUGAACAACCCCAAUUCCUGUAAAAUCUGUACAACUCUCCUAGAAGAAAUCGAGAUGACGGGAGAUCUGCUCCCAAAGCAAGCGGCCUGCUUUGCUGCGGCUUUUGCCUUAAAACAGAAUGAAUUUCAGAGAGCCAGGACAAUUUAUUCUAAAAUCAUGAAUACUGAUACCAAACUGUGUAAUAAUUUACUUCUUCUCAUUAAGGUGCACACUAGUACAAUGGAAGAUGUUCUACAUUUUCUGGAAGCUGCAACUGGAACCACAGGCUCUAUACUUGUGAAGAAACUUGAAUUUUCUGAGGAGGUGUUGGCCUCCGCUGGGCAGAAGCUGAAAUCUCAGGCUGAACUUCACACAAGAUUUAACAGUGUUUAUCAGAGACUGAAAAAUGAAGGGCAAAUAAGUGCAUUAACUCUGGAUCAAAUGCUGUGUUAUACUCCUCCUGAACUGAGACACACCAACGCGCAUUUACUAAGAAAUAGGAAAAUCAGCCACAGGACAUUUCGAUCUCUACAGUCUACACUAUUGGUGGAGUAACUGAGACUAAGUCACGCUCUGCUGUUUCUGGAUGGAAAGAAUCCUCAUAUAUAUCUAUGGCGACUUGAGCACUUGAAGUGAAGGCUGCAGUGUAGGGAUGGAAAUGUGAAUUCGGACUACAAUGCAGACACUCAAUAUAUGAGUAAAUAUUUAAAACUUUAACAAAAUAUUUGGAUAAAAAAUGCUUCUAUUUAAGAAGCCAGUUCUUUUUAAA